AUGAGCGAGUACGACCAAUCGUGUUAUAACCCAUCGCUGGAUCGGGUUUCGGACGGCGCGCAGCAUUCGAAAGCGUGGGAGGAAUACAAGACGUACGGGACAGCCGGGAGAAACGAGGACGAGAUCGAGGAGAAGAAUUCCUCAGAUCGUCGGUUUGCGGAAGAAGAAGAAGAGGGUCGAACGAAUAAGAAUAAGAUGAUAAUACCGAAAGAACAACUCAUCAAACAGAAAUCGUACGGUAAAAUCGGUAAAACCGUAUGGGAUAAGAAAGCGCACGGCGGGAAGUAUUACAUCUCCACCGGAGAGAAAAAGAAAGGCUACGACGCUUUAGAGCAAACGCCGGACGGUACGAUUAUUAAGCGAGAACCCGGGUACGAGAAACCACAAAGCGGGCACACGACAAAUUUCGUGGGAAAUCACAUGACGCAAGGCGCGAUAGAUUUAGUCCAGCACGAGUUGACAAGAGUCGAUCCGAAGAUGAAGGAAGAGCGGAUGCGCCGGUUGGAAGAGGCGAAAGGUAUCAAACGAGAACCGCCAAAGUUGUUGAAAGUUGAAAAGAAUAAGAAAAAAGUUUUGAUGAUUGGAGAUAGAGAAAAGGGUGACACUGAUGACGGCGAGAAAGAGGAAGGCCGCUCCCCCGAAACUCGCGUCAUUAACAUCGAUCGGUACACGUGGGAAGAUAGAGAUGGCGAAAUCUUCGUGCGCUUGCAACACGACGAGAAAUUGAUGGAUCUGAAAUCCGCGCAGUUGGAAAUACAAAACGAGCGAAGUUUUACGGUGUCGAUUAAAUCGAAAGAGGAAAGAGAUAAAGUCUAUGUGCUCUCGGUUACGUGCUUGUUUGAUGCAAUCGUGAGGGAGAAGAGCUGCAUGCUUACGACGGCAAAGUCCCUUCGCGUCACGCUCGUGAAAACAGAAGUAGGCAAAGCGUGGAAGCGUUUGUCAUCGUCAGAAUCUUCCGAGAACUCUAUGUUACGCCUGAAUAACGCUCCAGAUGGCAAAGUAAAGGAGAAAGGAAUUGUUAUCAUUAACAACAACAACAGCAACAAUAUAAAUUUGCGCGAUUUACGCGCGGAAGUAAUUAAAUUCCGCGACGGAAACUUAGCGCCAAAAUUCACUCCUUCAAAGACGCCGGAGGAGAUUGAAAACGAGCUUGACGCUCAAAUCAACGACGUGUCGACUCCGAUGGAGUUUGCCUCUCUCAAAGAAGCGAUGCAAUCGUGCGAUCAUUUUGAAUCCUCUGGUGAUCACGCAAACGCGAUUAAAUCGUUCUCAUCGGCACUAUUUUUUCUUCGCUUCUUCACUUCUUCUUCUUCGCCGCCAGCUUCGGAGGACGGCAGUGAAGACACCACGACGUUAGAAGAAGGUGAUAAAUCGACGACGACGACAACAAUGGAAGUGAAAAUCAUGGAUUGUUUACGACGACGCGCGAAAGCAAACGUUUUACUCGGUAAAACCAGAAAUGCGACGAAAGAUUACGCCGAAGCCAUUCAGGAAGGUAAAAAGCUACUCUCUUCGUUAUCAUCGUCAUCGAAUGCGACAUCCUCUGCGAUCAACGACAAAGAAGCAGACGCGACGAAAAAAAUACUCUCCGACUUAUACUUCGAACGGGGCAACGCCUACGAGCAGGUUGAGAAAUACGCCGAGGCCGUGGACGAUUACAAAAGAGCGUUGAAAACUGGCGGAAACGAUACGAAAGUUUCCAUGGCGUUGACUCGCGCAUCUAAGUUACACUUUCAAAGAGACAUCGAACGCAAAGAAAUCGAAAAGAAGAGACCGAAAAACGACAACGAAAACUCGUUACCGUCUUUACCUCGCCCGGGAAUGAAACAAUUUGAGAACAGAGGGAAGGCUGGCGCGUGCUUUUAA